ACAGUACUAUUUUUUUAAUGGAAAUUAAUGUGGAUAUGUUUGGCCUAAAUUUUUGAAAGAUACCACCACGCUACAUGUUUUGUUGAUCUAGUCCUGCCUUCACGAGGAAUGGAGCAUAUAACUUAGCAAAGGAAGUUGGGACCACGUUGCCAACUUGCCAUCAACUUCCUGAAAGUUCUUGUUCCUGGAGCAUUUGAUAUUUGACGUUGAUGCUUCACAAUUCUGGAUCCAAUGGAGUACGGACUGGGGAUGAAACCAACCAAACAAAGUUUAACUCGCACACACAACUUCCAAUCACCUCUUUAUACAAUGUAAAAUAGCUUCUGAAUUGUGGAUGGAUUGUUUCAAGUGGUGGGGCAUCAUAACAGUACAAGACAAAGACUGUAGAAAGGUAUUUGAACAGCACCCGAAUGCAGCUAAAAUGACUACAGCAAAGUUUGGAUGGGAGAGCAUCUGGUUCACGGUGACAUGGACAAUUUGGCUUGCCAGGAACGAGAAGAUCUUUAAACAAAAAGAGGUUGACAGGAGAAAGCUACUAGAGAUGGUACAGCUAAGGGCAUUCAACUGGAUCAAAGGUAAAAGGGGAGGCUGCUAUUUUUCACUGUCAGAUUGGAUUCAAUAUCCGGCGGGCUGCUUAAAAUUUAAUUGUGACAGUAAGAGGAAAGAUAAGGGACAAGCAGCUAACUCGGUGAAAUCCCCUGUUUGAAGGUAUUUGAAAAUAUGGAGGGAUCAGGUUUGGAUUAAUUUUGAUCCUUGUAAUGGGUUGGUGUACCUUUGUACCCCAUUAAUUAAUUAAUAAAUAAAGUAUUAUCCUUUUG